AUGAAGUGCCCCAUUUACGCGGCGCGGCUGGCGCAGCGGUGUGCCCUCGUCACGUGGCUCUCUAUCGUCACCGUCGCUGUUUCGUAUGGAGCGGCGGAGCCCACCGCUGUGUACAUCGUGCGGUUGCGCGACCUUCCGCCAAUCUCCGCGUAUCGCGGCGGAAUCGCCGGUUUCCCCGCGACAAUACCUCCUUUCGCCGCCACCACCGCCGCCGCCGCCGCCGCCGUGAAGGCCACCGCGGCGGCGUCAGGGUUGCGCAACAUGCGCAAAUCGCUGCGCCGGUGGUUCCGCCGGCGGAACCCGAACCUCCGCCUUCCGCACGUGCAGGCUUUUGCUCGGCUUCUGGGGGAAGCGCAGGCGGCCGUCGCGAAGAAAGCGGGAAUCCCGACGAACAAAAUGCUGUACAGCUACAAGUAUUUGAGCAACGGAUUCGCUGCAGUGCUAACGGCCGCGCAAGUCGACCAGCUGCGGAAAACCGCCGCCGUGGCGGAAGUGCGGCGGAGCCUCCCCGUCCGCCCCGCGGGGCAGGUGUCCUCCCCAGCUCGCCGCUUGUUCAGCCCCGCCGCAGAGGGAAGCACAGAAUCAGCGGGAAUAGCAACCGCGGCGGGGAAGCCCGCGCCUGGGGGGAAGCCCCUGCCUGUGGGGACGCCCACGCCCGGGGGGACACUCUCGCCUAUGGGAAAGUCCCCGCCGCCCGCGCCUACGGGGAAGCCCGCGGAUAGGGGCGGCGGGGGUGGGGGGAGCGGAAAGACGAAGACUUCACAGGACAGCCUAUUAAAGUUGCCGCUGGAGCUGUGGGCGGCAAACGGUGGAGAGGAGAGCGCGGGAGAGGACGUGAUAAUCGGGGUGAUCGACAGUGGGAUCUGGCCCGAGCACCCCUCGUUCAGCGACAAUGACACGAACCCGUACGGCCCGCCACCAGCCACGUGGCAGGGCAAGUGCGACGCGUCGGCGGACUUCCCCGCGUGCAACGGCAAGGUGAUCGGAGCGCGCUUCUUUAUCGACUCGUUCGACAACAACGACCGCCAGCUCAACACCGUGGUCGACUACCGCUCGCCGCGCGACGCGGACGGCCAUGGCUCCUGGUGUGCUGGCGCAUCGGCAGGCAACAGCAACGUCCCCGUCGUGGCCAGCUCAGGCAAGCGCUUCGGCACCGUCUCAGGCAUGGCGCCGCGCGCGCGAAUCGCCGUGUACAAGGUCUUCUGGACGCAAAAAGACGGCUCGCUCAUUGCAGAGCAAGCGGACAUCGAAGCAGCGGUGAAUCAAGCCGUGGAGGAUGGCGUUGAUGUGCUCAGCAUGUCGUAUGUCAGUGAUGUAGGCACAAGCUACUUUGACGACCGGAUCUACCUCCGCGCGAAUCAGGUCGGCGUCGUGCCGAUUUUCGCCGCUGGGAAUGCAGGCCCCCCGCCCGGCUACUCGGCGUACCGCACUCUGUAUAAUUACUCACCAUGGUACCUCACUGUGGGGGCUGGCAACCUGGCGCAGCAAUACCAGACGCAGAUUACCCUCGGAAACAAGGCGGUGGUUCUAGGCGCUGGCCUUGGCGGUAAUGCAGUAACCGCCAAGGGACUCCCGUUGAUCGACGGCCGGUCUGCACCUGGGGACGUGGCGAGCCUAGACGAAGCAGAGCUGUGCUUUCCAGGCUGCCUGGACCCGGCUAAAGUAGCUGGCAAGAUUGUGAUGUGCUUGCGAGGCGGAGUGUAUUUGUUCGAGAAGGCUCGCGUGGUGGCGGCGGCGGGCGGCCUGGGGGUUAUUUUUGUGAAUGACCCUACUGGGAGCUCGGACGUUUAUUCGUCAGUGUCAGAGGCCACAAUCCCCACGGUGCAUCUGACAGCUGCGCAGGGUGCAGUAAUCCGGACAUAUAUCAAGAAGACGAAGCAGCCUACAGCAGCCAUGGCAGCUGACUGUGUAUUCGGCAAGUCUACCAUCUCCCCGCCCGCCGUAGCAGCCUUCUCCUCUACAGGCCCUCCGCUAGACCCCAUGGCUGACUCCGUCCCGGGAGGCCCCAUCAACGAUAUCCUAAAGCCGGACAUCCUCAGUCCAGGUGUCGAGCUCUGGUCGGCAGUAGCCGGUGAUAUCAAUGACAAAAUGAAGCCAGCGUUUGAUCUCCUCUCGGGAACCUCUAUGGCCACGCCGCUUGUUGCGGGGGUAGCUGCGCUGCUCGUGCAGAAAUUCCCCACGUGGACGCCCGCGCAGGUCAUGUCUGCGAUACAGACGACUGCGAACCCGAAUAACGACGCCGGGAAGCCGAUCACGACAGACAAGGGGGUGGUCGCAACGCCCUGGGAAAUGGGAGCGGGGACAGUGAGUGCUGCGAGGCUGGUUGAUCCUGGGCUCACGUAUAAUGCGGGACUGCAGGACUACAUGAAUUUUCUGGCCGGGCAAAGCAAGUAUAGGACCUCGGUGUUGUGGCCUAAGGAGGUGGUGACUCCCACUCCAGCAUACAAUUUGAACCUUCCGGGGUUAGUGUUUUCUCGGGUGAACGGCACACGGGUUGCCGUAAGGACGGUGAUCAAUGUUGCGACAAGUGCGUCGACGUAUAAAGCCAAGGUGGUACUCCCUGCUGGGGUACAAGUUACCGUUACUCCAAGCCAGUUCUCUGUGAACCCUGGAGAAUCCAAGACGUUCACAGUGGCUGUGUUGAUUGUCAAGCCUUCCACAAAGUUUGCCUUUGGCAGCUUGACAUGGGAGGAUGAGUUAGGGCACAAGGUGCGUUCUGUGCUGGCUGUGCAAUCACGUAUGGUGCUGAAGAAAAAGUAG